CCCUCAUCUUCCCUCAUGGUGAGAUUGAGCGGCGCGCUGACGGCGAAGUGGGGGUUGAUCUGCAGGUCGAAGUCGAACCAGUACAAGAGCACAUCGCUGGUGCAGGUCGAGGGGGUGAACACCAAGGAGGACGUGGCGUGGUACGCCGGGAAGCGCCUGGCGUACGUGUACAAGGCCAAGACCAAGAGCAACGACACCCACUACCGCUACCUCUGGGGCAAGAUCACCCGCCCACACGGCAAGUCCGGCGUCGUCCGCGCCCAGUUCAAGUCCAACCUCCCCGCCGAGUCCAUGGGGCGCAAGGUCAGAGUGUUCAUGUACCCGAGCAGCAUCUAAAGUUAGCAUCUGCUGCACUAUCGCUGAUGAUGUUUGUUUAAGGUUGUUGGUUUGCUUUGUGUGAUUUUACUCUAGCAUGUGUGUUGCAUUUUGUCCUGCGCCUUCUGCAGUGUGUCCAUCGAGAGAUUGAUGAUGGUUUAGUUUGGGUCAUUCAAUCUGGUUGAUGUAGGAUUCUGUGAUCUUGCCAUUUUAAUCCCUGAAAGAUGCAUGCUAGGCAAUAUUGUCAUUAUGAGUUAUCAAUCUGUACUUGAUCUGUUUACAUUGUAUUAACUUUGUUGCUAUUUAGCGUUGUGCCUAUGGAUGGUUGACAUGAUUGGUGAUGCCGUAUUAUUGUGUCUGUUUGACUUGAGUUGUUGUACAGUUAGGGUCGCUUUCCUGUCAGGGUGUCUGACUGCAACCGUUGGCUUGCCUGAUGCUAAAUUCUAGAUACUGUCAAUAGCUUGGUUCCUAAGUUCUAGACAAGUAAAAGGGAUACACCUUCAGUUAAUAAACGACGAAUAGUAUGUUCUAGUGUUGCAUCAGCAAGUGAAAGCAGUUCCUUGCUUUGUCCAAUGGAAACAAUCACCGGAAGGGAUAUGUUGGUCUUGCAAGAGGCAAACACACUUGGAAUGUGCAGGAAAUGUUGCAUUAUCUCAUUUAGACAUGCAUAUCAUCAUACUGGAUUGCUUGGCCUUUACUCUAGCA